CAUACAAACGUUAAAAUGGUCGAAAUGUGUGCAUGAAAAAAUUUGCCGCCCAAAUUUUAUGGUGAUCGUGAUUGAUUUUUCAUAAAAAAAAUUUCAGACUAUGUCUUUCUCAGCUGAAGAUUUAUUUGGUAAUAUUGACGAUCUAGAUGGAUUCAGUGAUGAUGAUAAUUUGGCUGGUGCAACUAGCAAACGUAAACAGAAUUUCCAAUCAUACAAUCAUGAUGAUGUCGGUGGUUUUUACUCGAAUAAGAAAAUACGUCGAGACAACUGGAAAUCCAAAAACUCCAGCACUAAUCAGUCUCAUUCGAAAGAUGAAACUGUAGUGAAAGAGCUGUAUUCGGGAAUUCGCAUGACCAAGCCAUUAGUAUCAAGUGAUGAGCUUCGUGAAUCGAUGCGUGGUCGUAAAAUGAUCAAGUUGUCACAGAUUAAAUCUGCCAUAAAUAAAUCUACUCAUGAUAUCGAUGGUGAUUGGGUUACAAUCGGCGUCGUUUUAAACAAAAUGACCAAGACAAGCAGAAACGGCAAAGAAUAUUCCAUUUGGAACCUAAGCGAUCUCAGUUCAGAAAAGUCUACUUUUAGUUUUUUCCUAUUUGGAAAGACACAUGAAAAACAUUGGAAGCUACCGGUCGGAGCUGUCAUCGGUCUAUUGAAUGCAUCUUUCAUGGACAAGAACAAUAAAAAUCAAAAAGGUUCAGAAAUUGGUCCUUUAACCAUUGAUGAUCCUGAUAAAUUAUUGCAUAUUGGUACUUCCAAGGAUUUGGGCCAUUGUAAAGCGAUUAAAAAGAAUGGAGAUAUUUGUGGCAGUUUAAUUAUGAAAGCGGAUGAUGAAUUUUGUUUAUAUCAUAUUAAGAAUGCAUUUAGAAAAUUUAGCUCGAAACGAGCCGAAAUUCAAUCGACGUUUUCCGAUAAAGAACCUGAACAAUAUCAUUUUGCCAAUAAUUUCGUACCGAAUGCUACAUUAAAUCAGAAUAAUAUUGUACUAGAAAUGACAAAAGUGAAUCGAUCUCAAUUGCAGGAUAAAAAGCAAGUUGAAAAGGAGAAUCUUAAAAAAGUAAUGCUCAAUCCAUUGUCACGAUCAGCCAAAAGUUUGGCUGUAAUUUCAAGUUUACAACAAACUAAUCCAAAAAGCUCAUUAUCGAAAAAAAUGUCAUCAUUACCACUAACUAGUGUACAAGCAGAACCAAAUAAACCAAUCUGUCCUCAAGAUAUUUUUAUGCAGCUAAAAAAUUCUCAAACCAAAUUACCAAAUACAAAAAAUUGCAAAAGUGAUUCACCCUUGUUGGCAAAAGGAUAUAAACCUGGACAAAUGAUUGAUUUAAAGAUUUCUAACAACCAAAAGCAACUUGAUGUAACUAAACAACGCGCGAUUGAAAUAUUUAAAAAGAAACAACAAGCACAAAGUACAAAAUCGAUUACGAGCAAGAAUGAAAAACUUGAACGAAUUCUGAAAAAAGUUAACGCAAGUCUCGACGAAUCGAAUGAAGAAUUGAAAAAAGAACAGGCAGAAACUGACAAGGAAAAAUCUCGAUUGAUCGAAACUGCUAUGCAACGGAAAUCAAUCAACAGUGGUGCUGUAGAUUUAAUCGAACGUAUUGCUUGUGAGAAACAUUUUCAGGCCUUAGAAAAACGUGAACGAUAUGAAAAUCGAUUGGCUGAAAUAACUGAAAUGAUGGUCAAAGUUGUUACUUGUCGAAUGUGUGAAUAUACGGCUCCAUCACAAAGUGACUUGUGUAAAUCUCGUAAUCAUUUGGUACGAUUUCAUGAGGUAAAAAAAAGAUUUUUCCAAUGCAAACAUUGCAAAAAACGUCGUUUUACAUAUGAUUCGUUAUUUCCGGUCAAUCAAUGUCAACAUUGUGGAGCUAGUUCAUUCGAACGUACAUCAAUGAUCAAUGUCAAAACUGAGACUAAACUUGUCGAUAAUUUAUUAGUUCGAGGUGAAGAGAUGAAAUUUCUAAACAGCUUGAAAUAACGAUAAUGAUGGACAGCCAAGUCAAUUUUUUUCACGAUAAUCGCUUGAUGAACAACAACAAUACUAUUGACAAUCUAUAACAAUAAAUCAUGGUAAUUAACGUAUAUUUAUAUUGUUUUUAUUACGGUUGCUUCUUUCUCUUCUCUGGUGCACCACCAUGCCAUAGCAAACAUUCCAUCCAUGAUUAUUAUUAUACUUAAAAUAAAUCGACAUUUUAAUUUAA